UUCUGAAGCAGACUGGGCUGCAGCAGCAUUCCUGGCCAGGACAGCCGUAAAUGUGAUUGGGAGGGGCGGACUGAGAAGCAGCAGCAGUCUGGGGUCCAACAUCCUCUCUGCUGAGGCUCGUGUCCCCCCAUUUGCCUUCUUCAAAAUCUACCGGACCCCAUAUCUUUUUCAUGUGCUUAUUUAACGGCUUUCUCAUUCAGCAGGAAGCGGUGACGCGAAGCAAAAGUUGAAAGAGACACCGAAAAAGCAGCGUGGAUGCUGUUUUGUUGAUGUUUUCUUCUCCUUUGGCCCGGUAACCUCAGUAAUCCAGGAAAAUUGCUUGGUGUAGCUGUAUCGGAGAGAAGGCAAGGGAGGAGGUGAAACUGCGGGAAAUGAUGACUGAGAAAGAAACGGCGGCAGAGAAGAUAAUAUCAGAUGCGAUGGCCAAUCCUUCUCCAGCGAAGAGUAUGGGUGACCCUGGAAUCACCCCUCUGUCUCCCUCACACAUUCAGCAGAAUGACACAGACCAGGUCCCGUCAGGGCCGUCCUUCGUGGUGGUGGUUGCCAUCGACUUUGGCACCACGUCAAGCGGUUAUGCUUACGCCUUCACUAAGGAGCCGGAGUGCAUUCACACCAUGAGGCGUUGGGAAGGCGGAGACCCUGGUGUGUCAAACCAGAAGACUCCGACCACAAUCCUGCUGACUCCAGACAGGAAGUUCCACAGCUUCGGCUACGCUGCUCGUGACUUCUACCACGACCUAGACCCCAGCGACUCUAAACACUGGCUGUACCUGGAAAAAUUCAAAAUGAAGCUCCACACCACUGCAAAUCUGUCCAUCGACACAGAUCUCCAUGCAGCCAAUGGGAAGCGAGUGAAAGCGCUGGAUAUCUUUGCAUAUGCGCUGGCCUUCUUUAAGGAGCAAGCACUGAAGGAGCUGAGUGAUCAGACAGGGGGAGACUUCGACAACAACGAUGUGAGAUGGGUGAUCACUGUUCCUGCCAUCUGGAAGAUGCCUGCAAAGCAGUUUAUGAGGGAAGCUGCCUAUAAGUCUGGUCUGGUGCCCCGUGAAAACCCAGAGCAGCUGAUCAUCGCCUUAGAACCUGAGGCAGCAUCGAUCUAUUGCCGCAAACUCCGCCUCCACCAGAUGGUGGACCUGGAUUCCAAAACCACCCAGAACGGCAUUAGCCCCACUGACAACGUGGGCAGCGGAAUGACCCAAGUUUCUCCAGGUAAUGCUAAGGAGCAUGUACGGCGCAACCGGCAGAGCCGCACAUUUUUGGUGGAAAAUGUCAUAGGGGAGCUUUGGUCGGAGCUGGAAGAAGGUGACCGUUAUGUGGUGGUGGAUUGUGGCGGGGGGACUGUCGACCUGACAGUCCAUCAGAUCCGUCUUCCAGAGGGACACCUAAAGGAGCUCUAUAAGGCCUCAGGUGGUCCCUACGGCUCUAUCGGGAUUGACUAUGAGUUUGAGAAGCUCCUGUGUAAGAUCUUUGGCCAGGAUUUCAUUGACCAAUUUAAGAUUAAGAGGCCGGCCGCCUGGGUGGACCUGAUGAUCGCGUUUGAGUCUCGAAAGAGGGCAGCGGCCCCGGACAGAACCAACCCACUCAAUAUUAACCUGCCCUUUUCCUUCAUCGACUACUACAAGAAGUUCAGGGGGCACAGUGUGGAGCACGCCCUGCGCAAAAGCAAUGUGGAUUUUGUGAAAUGGUCGUCUCAGGGGAUGCUGAGGAUGAAUCCAGAUGCCAUGAAUUCCCUCUUCAAGCCCACCAUAGACCACAUCAUCCAACAUCUCACUGAUCUGUUUGAUAAGCCCGAGGUGAGCGACAUCAAGUUCCUGUUCUUAGUGGGAGGAUUUGCCGAGUCUCCCCUGCUUCAACAAGCCGUCCAGAACAUGUUGCAGGGUCGCAGCCGCAUCAUCAUCCCUCACGAUGUCGGCCUCACUAUUCUGAAAGGCGCCGUGCUGUUUGGCCUCGAUCCCAGCAUCAUCAAAGUGCGCCGCUCCCCCCUCACGUACGGGGUGGGCGUCCUCAAUCGCUUCGUGGAGGGCAAGCACCCACCAGAUAAGCUGCUGGUGAAGGACGGCACACGCUGGUGCACUGACGUCUUUGACACAUUCAUCGCCGCCGAUCAGUCCGUGGCUCUGGGUGAGAGUGUAAAGCGGAGCUACACGCCGGCCAAGCCUUCUCAGCAGGUUAUCGUCAUCCAUGUUUACUGCUCUGAGAGAGAGAAAGUGGGCUUCAUCAGCGAGAGCAGCGUCAAGAAGUGUGGGACACUGCGCUUGGAUGUGAGCGGAACGGAAAGCACGGCGCCUCGCCGCGAGAUCCAGACGCUCAUGCAGUUUGGCGAUACAGAGAUUCGAGCCAUGGCGGUCGACGUGUCCACUGGACGCACGGUCAAAGCUAGCAUUGACUUCCUGAGCCAUUAAAAAGGGAACAUUAGAGUUGUUGAAAAAGAAUCGGAAAGGGAAAAUUUACUCCACACACACACACACACACACACACACACAAACACACACACACAUAUGUCUGGGAUAUUUACUGGAGAGUGGUUAAAAUAAAAGAAUCUCAAGGCGCAGUCCCUCUCAGUUUGAGCGCUGAUGUUAAACCGUGUGAAUCAAAGUGUAAAAUGUCAUCAUUAACCCAGAAUGACUUAAAGGGGAAGUAACCUCACUUUACUCUGACCCUGCAGUCCAUUUGCUGAGGAGCUCCACUGUGUUCACACACUCGUAAUAACCCAACACAUACCACCAUGCUGAUGCUACAGCUUUGAGUCAGGUUUAAGAUAAAAGGUUAUUCCACUGUUAAUGCUUGAUCCUGCAGUUCAUCCAUAACGUGCUCAGCAGAAACCAUUCCUUUGUGACAAAGCUGUCAGAAGGUCAUAAUGUCAUGUCAUUGAGCUGCGACUGAAGGUCUCAAAACUGUUCGUCAAACUUAAAUCACCCUUUUCUCACUACAGUUCUGGAGGUCUUACCCGUGGUUUUGCAUGAUUGAGCUCUUUUGAAAAAUAGAGUAAACUUUUACAACUUCAUGCAGCUGCCGGACUUUUUCCAAAGCAUACCAUCAAUUUUCAGAUCGACUUGAUGCUUACCAGAAAUCCGUCAGUAAUACAAGGUCCGAUGAGUUUUCUUGAGAUUCAUAUCAAAGAUCAUCAUAUCGGUAUGGUCAGUUCAUGGAGUAACUUCCAGGUGAACUAGCUGUGUCUGUCUGUGUGAAGUGUAUCCACCGUGGACAGAUACAGGAACCAGAGGUUACUGCGGGACAUUUUGGUAACUUGUGCUGUAAUCUCUAAUUGUGUUUGCCUGCUCUCUGAUGCAGGUCAGGAAGUGCACAGUGGCUUUAUCAGAUAUUUUUUUCCACUUAAGACAGCUGCUGCUUCUGCUUGUAGACAGAAUGACUGGAGCUGUGACUCUGAACCAAAGAAACAACGCUGAAAUCCACUAUAGAGCUGAAGAAAUCUGUGUGUGAGUUCUCUUACAUGUAACAUAUGAUAUCACACAUUUUACACAUCAUUAACACAAAAAGUAUGUAUCAAAAGGAUUGUUAGUAUACACAGCCUGUUCAGCUUUCCAGUUACGCAGAGAUAGCUUUGAUCUGUAGGCCAUUUCAAACACCUUGUGCUGCUUUUGAGGGAAACAAGCUUUGCAACUCAAAAGCAAACUUCAUCAGAUUUUACUAGAGUCUCCUUUCAAAACGUGUUCUUUAUGGCACCCUUACGUGACAUUGAUAAAAUGACCUACUUCAAUAUCAUCACAUCAUAUUAAUUGUAAUACUUUUUUAGUGCUUAAAUACUAAAUCCUAUCAUUUGCUACGACCCGGGUGCAGAUAUGCACUCAAUCUGAAAACUGAUGGCAUGCUCUGGAGAAUCAUCAGCAAUUAUGUGAAACAUUGUAUCUCCAAUCAAAGGCCACAUCAGGCCAAACCACCGGGUUGGCUCCUUAGAGGUUACCCAUAAUUAAAACUGAAUGUGAAGCGCUCUGCAGGCUUAGUCUUCUAACAAGUACGGCUAUCAUCAAUUGCGCUUUACAGUUGCCUUUGUUUUGUUCCUGCUUCAGCUUCUUAACAUGCUGUGGACAGAAGGUCAGUCGCCCACUUGAAUAUUUUGAAGCCAAGUGUGACGGACGAUGACGUGUGUUUAUUUCUGUAAAUACAGUAUUUAAAUAUUGUACAGAUUUUUUAGCUUUGUUUCAGCAGCGUUCGAGCCAAGAGUGUGUGCUUAGUGUGCGUGGGUGUGUAUGUGUGCUUCCACAUGGACCAUCUCAACAUUUUUUCUCUCACCAGCCAUUGCAGGAGAGGCACGUUUGAUUGCUGUGUUCGUUUAGAGUGAGAGUUUGGAUGUGUUUGCCUGUUGCUCUUUUUUGCAAUCACAAAAGAAACUUGAAUACCUCCGUCCUUAAAAAAGCAUUUCACUCUAUAUUAACAGUUGUUAUCAGUCAUCUGUGAAACUGUAGCAGUAUCUGAAUGUGUCCAAUCCCCUUUUUCAUCCCACCUGCAGAACAACUUCUGUGGACUUUUCAUUGACAUUCAUUACAUUGUUACCAUGGAGACAUUUAGACAGUUAUGUUCAACAUACAACAGAAGAACUUGAGCCAUUCAAUUUAGCAGAAACUAUUAUUCCUGCACUAAAGAACGAGGACGCUUUAGCAAUAAUCAAGAGAAAAAGCCACUAGAUGAUAAUGAAGGUCUUAAUUAAAGAGUGCCUAGUAUGAUUUUUAAAAGUGAUGUCAAGACUCACUCACACCAUCAGAUCAGAGCGCACAGUUCAUCCAUUGUCCCUCUUCAAAUAGCUUUAGAUGAAAGUGUGAGUUCAGAAGUAAUCACUGAGCGUCACACUUCAUCAAAGGCAGCGCGUCAUCGACAUAGUCAAUAGAACUUCCAGGCUGAUUCAUAGGGGCAUUAUUGUGAUCUGUUUUCUUAACCUUUGCUGCCACUAUAGAGAAACUGCAACUACAUUUGAAGAUGGAAUCUCUUAAUCCUCUCUCCCUGCCUGGUGAUGUAAAGACCACAUCAUACGAUCGCUCGCUUUGGUUGUUGCUAGUUUCAUCCAUUGGCAUUUGACAGCCAGCUUGUAUCAAAUAGGAAUGUAUGAACACGUAUAUGAUAUCUUCCUUCAUUCUGAGGUUCUGCUGUGUUUCGUUCAUCCAGAUGUUAACGCUGUCAAACGCUUUGCUCAUGUUAACGGUGCAGAUUUAUGUGUGAAGAUGAGAGUGGGCUUCACAAUAACUGGAGUAAGCUGCUGCCUCCUCAAACUCUGCAGAGAAUCAGAUCUCUGUCCUUUGUUGGUCUUUGUUGGUCUUAAACCAGGAAACUCAUUUCUUCUAUAGAGGUGGAAGGCAUUAAAUGCAUCCUGGAACCAGUUGACUUUCAUAGAACAACAAUACAGCCUUUAAGUAAUAUCACUAAACGUCUGUCUGGACGAGUACGCAUAGCAACUUGAUGUUGAUGUCGCCUCUCUACUCCAACCACAUUUCUAGUUGUUGGACUAUUUACGUGAACACUUCUAUACCCUAAAAUCACAUCUCAUGUAUCAGGAUAAAGGAUUGCCUUUUUUGUUUCACUAGAACCUCCCACAUAUUAGCAAUUUCCGAGCUGAUUCAUGGUCAGACGACGGCUUCAUAGAGUUCAUGGAGUGACCAAAGUAGAUGCAAUGCAUUUUUAGUUUUGGCAUACUGAGGCCAUGAAGGAUACGACCAAAAUACAAUCUGAUUAGUUUCAGAUUUUUAAUUCCAUUUUGAUCCGAUUCCAUUGGAAACGAUAGGAUUUUGUUCCAAAACGUCCUCGUCAUGAACGCUGGUGUGACGGGGCCCCUUCAUCUGCUUCAGCUCCUUAAGCUUGCAAAGUGUGUCCAGCAUCUCAUCGACUAUAUAAAUAUAUGGCAGUUAUAUAUUGGGGUUCUUUCAGUUCACUGCGUCCAGAAGAAUAGCCACAUCCUAACUUAAAUUGAGGAGGCAGACGUUGUUUACAAGACUUUUCCACAAGUUCCAACGCUAGCUGCAUGGAGCUAUAGCCUCAAGAUGACAUGUAUGAAGGAAAAAAUAUCAUGACACAUAUUUAAUAAACCUACCACCUGUAGGUUCCUCAGUUGCUUGGCUCGAGAGAGAGAGGGGAAUCUUCAAAUCCUAAUAAAACGAUUUUAUUAUAUAGCCUCUUUUAAAGCCAUUUUCUUUGAUUGUUUUUUUUUUUAAACUGUGAAUUACGGCUCGGGCUUUUCAGUGUCAGUGUACAGAGUUGCACAAGUUGCUGUCUUCGGCACUAUCUCUGCAAUGCAUGUUUCGCAUGUGUCACAUAGGAAUGACUUAACAACAGGCAACGAGCAACAGGUCAGUCGCUAUUACUAAUACACAAAACCAAGGUUUACCACUGAUGAUGAUGAUGAUGGUGGUGUUUGAGUUUUCUGGAAUAAACUGUGUUCUCCUCAGCCUUGUCACAGAGUCGGAGACGGGCUGGGCUUUGUGUUACAUUCGCUGCUUCCUGAGCUGAUGGAGUUGAUGCUAAUAACAGCUCAUAACUACCACAGCAGGGCAGCACUCCACCUACUUAACUGUUAACUAACCUAGUAACCUUUCACUACUUCUUCACAUCUCUUUACUCACAAAAUAUCAAGUGGAAGGAUUGAAUCUAACACCACAUUGUUUCCUUGGUUAAAUGAUUACCAUGUAUUUUGUGCUACCUUGACUAAUAUGUGAUGCACAGGAUACCAUUAUGUAGCAGCUUUCAUCAAAGCUAUAUGGUCAAAUUAUAUGAAGACGUGUUUAGCUCAAAUGGAACUUUGAUCCUUGGUGCUGGAUUCACACCCUUUGACAUUUGGGGUAAGAUGUCACAUUUCUGACAUUUGAGUCUCAAGUCGAGUGCUUGGGUGGGUUCGUUUUGAGGUAGCAGUCUAGCCAGCUUGCAUCUUGUUAAAGUAUCUGCGUAACAAUAUAUAAACUCUACAAUCAUUCAGAAGAUUUUAAAGCUAAAAAAUGAUUGAGCUUGUAGUUAGGACAACCUCUGCCUCUCUGAAACGCAACACAUUGUACACUUUGUUCUUUUAGUUCUUUAUCGACGACGCAAAGUAGUUUUGUUUCUAUUUUUUAUGAUCUACUAUAAUGUCUUGUUCUCUUGCAGUUUCCACACAAUAAUGGGUGUAUUUUGAUCAAUGCCAGGUAUUCACUGUCAGAUUGUCACCAAUAAAAUGUACGUGUAUUUCAAAGAA